UUUUGUUCUGGCUCCCUGUGUCUAAGAAUAAACAGUAGUUACACAUCAAGGUGGGAGCAAUGCUUCAUCAGAAAGACAGGAGAUCUCACAGCGGAGGACAGAGUGGAACUGUGUUAUUUGGCCUGUAGACAUAAUACUUCCUCUAAGUGCUAUGCAUCAAAUAACGAUCAACACCUUUUGGAGUCUAGAGAAUUCAAGGCUUUUAUAGAAGACGUCAACAGGUUGAAAAAUUCUACAGGGGGAGUGCGAAUGCCAGCAGGCGCAGUUUGUAAUGAUUACGAGGGUGUUUGUGACGUAUUCUCUCGAUGCCGAGGAAUGAGUGAUGAAGGACCCUUAAGGAGAUUGACAAACCUCUUGUUUAGUGAGGAAACAUUGGCUAACAUCAAAAACUGGAUAAUAGAACAUUGGUGGGCCACUUUUCUGAUAGGGAUUGGUGUGAUUAUAUUUAUGGGAAUCUUCAUAAAAGGAUUAUCCUAUGAUACUCCCAGUACCAAUCCCAACACAACGGUAUAUAGUCAGAACCUCCCACUGCGAGAGUCUGAGCACCAUCGACGCAGGAAGAGCUUUCCUGAAUUCCCUCCACCAUAUUCAACUCCAGAGGGCUCCCGACAUGGACACAGAAAAAGGCAGAAGUAAAGACGAAAAAAUUAGGAUAUGUGAACUUAAAAUAGAAGUUUAUUACACACUGUAUAAUCUAACCACUAACAUAUGUUACAUGUAACUGACCGAUUCUUGUGAUGAGAUUUGAAACAAUUUGUGUUGUAUAUUGGAUUUCUACUUGACUGCUUCUACUUUGAG